AUGCGAGCCGCUUACGAAGGACGGACGCUGUACACAUGUUUGAAUUGCAACAAAUUGCUUCAAUAUGAGGAACACAACAAGCAGCCUCGACGAAGUCACGAUUGUGAUGCCAGCGAUUUGACGUUGAACACGGGAGAGGCGAGGAAUUUGAUUCAAAUCAUCUGUGCUACCGACAUUCCUGGACUUGCACCGAUUUGCGAAAUGUGUUCGAGUGAGUUGCUGGAGGGAAUGGAGGGACAAUUGAACCGCUUGGAUGAUGAAUGCAAUGAUCUUCGGCAAUUGAUUGAAGCUUUGGAGAAAAUGCACAACAGCACCGAUCCGACAACGGUGAAGAAGCGAUUAGCCAGUUUGCAGCUCGAGGAGAGAGAAUUGAGGGACGAGUUGCGGAAACUGGCUGAUGAGGAUCGCCUUUCCGAGUUUGAGCUACAAAAAGCUAGAGAAGAGAGGGACAAUGUUUCAAUGCGUCAGGAGAAAUUGUGGGAGAACUUUCGUGACAUUCAUAGAAAAUUGCUGGAUAACGACGAAGUUUCUCGGAGGUUAGAGGCUGAAAAGCGAUAUGCGAGUGAGCAACUACAUCGACUAUCCACCAAGAGUGCUAUCGAUUUGGCGUUUCAUAUUUGGACCGACGGGCCAAUUGCGACGAUUAACGGGUUUCGGUUGGGGAAAUUGCCAGAUAUCAACGUUGAUUGGAAUGAAAUCAACGCAGCUUGGGGACAAGCGGCUUUACUUUUGGACGUGCUACUGCAGAGGCUCAAAGUCGAGCCGUCUAUGUUCAAGCUUGUAUGUAUGGGUGCUCAUUCGUAUAUCAAAGAGUGUCGACCGUCGGGAAGUGGACGUGAGAUUCCACUCUACUCUUCCGGUGGUUGGCGACCUUUCAGCGGACAGACACACUCAGCCGAUGAAGGGGCCGCAGCUUUCGUCGACAUUCUCGCGACACUCGCCUCAAAUCUUGUACAUUUAAACCGAACACUGCCUCACACCAUUCGCAAGGAAACGCUGAUUGACAACGGGAUGCAAUACUCUGUGAAAGUUCAAUUUAACAAUGAAGAGCGGUGGACAAAAGCAAUGAAAUGUCUACUAUCAAAUCUUAAAACUGCCUUAGUUCAUAUCAAUUCACUUAAGGAACAAAAUCCUCAACCUGAA